GCGCGAGUAGAGCGCUGCGCCGUGAAGUGGAGCGGGUCCCGGCCAGCGCAAGCGGCGCGAGGAGCAUCAGAGGCUGUGCGCGGAGAGCGGCGGGGCGCAGCGCCGCUAGGCUGCACCCUCAUUUCCCAGACGAGCUGCUCCCUUGAUUGCCGACGUCCGGGAGUUGGCGGUGCUAGUCAGUGCGCGAUCAGAUCCCCGGGGCGCUGCUCUCCUGGCUUGCGAGCCGUGGCAUUGCCUCGACCACCUACCCAGAGGGAGCGCUCUGCCGCCAUGGGAGCUUCUGGAAGGCCGAGCUGCCGCUCCAGGGCGAUGCUGACCAUCAGCUGGCUCAUCCUGGCCAGCUUCCCUGGGGCCAUACACACAGCUGAGUGCCCUGACCAGAGCCCUGAGCUUCAACCCUGGAGCCCUGGCCAUGACCGGGACCACCACAUUUACAUCGGCCAGGACAAGGCGCUGCUGCUCACCUCUUCUGCCACAGUCUACUCCAUCCACAUCUCAGAGGGAGGAAAGCUAGUCAUUAAAGACCACGAUGAGCCAAUUGUUCUGCGCACCCGGCACAUCCUGAUUGACGAUGGAGGAGAACUGCAUGCGGGGAGUGCCCACUGCCCUUUCCAAGGCAACUUCAGCAUCGUUUUGUAUGGAAGGGCUGAUGAGGUUGUUCAGCCGGACCCUUACUUUGGCCUGAAGUACAUUGGCGUUGGCAGAGGAGGCACCCUUGAGUUGCAUGGACAGAAAAAGCUCUCCUGGACGUUUCUGAGCAAGACCCUUCGCCCAGGUGGCAUGGAAGAAGGAGGCUAUUUUUUUGAAAGGAGCUGGGGUCAUCGUGGAGUCAUUGUCCAUGUCAUUGACCCCAAGUCGGGGACGGUCAUCCAUUCUGACCGGUUUGACACCUAUAGGUCCAAGAAAGAGAGCGAACGUCUGGUCCAGUAUCUGAACGCGGUGCCCAAUGGCCGAAUCCUUUCUGUCGCGGUAAAUGAUGAAGGAUCUCGAAACCUGGAUGACACAGCCAGGAAGGCGAUGACCAGACUGGGCAGCAAACACUUCCUGCACCUUGGAUUCAGACACCCUUGGAGUUUCCUAACUGUGAAAGGGAAUCCCUCUUCUUCAGUUGAAGACCAUAUUGAAUAUCACGGACAUCGUGGCUCCGCUGCCGCCCGGGUGUUUAAGCUGUUCCAGACGGAGCAUGGGGAGCAUUUCAACGUUUCUUCGUCCAGCGAGUGGGUUCAGGAUGUGGAGUGGACAGAGUGGUUCCAUCAUGAUAAAGUGUCUCACACAAAAGAUGGGGAGAAAAUUUUAGACCUCCGGGCAGCUUACCCAGGGAAAAUCUGCAACCGCCCCAUUGAUAUACAGGCCACAACAGUGGAUGGAGUUAACCUCACCACCGAGGUCGUCUACAAAAGAGGCCAGGAUUAUAGGUUUGUGUGCUACGACCGAGGACAAGCCUGCCAGAGCUACCGUGUGAGGUUCCUUUGUGGCAAGCCUGUGAGGCCGAAGCUCACAGUCACCAUCGACACCAACGUGAACAGCACCAUCCUGAGGCUGGAGGACAAUGUACAGUCGUGGAAGCCGGGAGACACCCUGGUUAUUGCCAGUACUGACUACUCCAUGUACCAGGCAGAAGAGUUCCAGGUGCUUCCCUGCAAAGCCUGUGCCUCCAACCAGGUUAAAGUGGCAGGGAAACCAAAGUACCUGCACAUCGGGGAGGAGAUCGAUGGCGUGGACAUGCGGGCUGAGGUCGGGCUCCUGACCCGGAACAUCGUGGUGAUGGGGGAGAUGGAGGAUAAAUGCUACCCCUACAGAAACCACAUCUGCAACUUCUUUGACUUUGAUACCUUCGGGGGCCACAUCAAGUUUGCACUGGGGUUCAAGGCGGCGCACUUGGAAGGUGUGGAGCUGAAGCACAUGGGACAGCAGCUGAUGGGUCAGUACCCGAUUCACUUCCACCUGGCAGGUGAUGUGGACGAAAAGGGAGGCUAUGACCCACCCACGUAUGUGAAAGAGCUCUCCAUCCACCACACGUUCUCUCGCUGUGUCACCGUCCAUGGCUCCAACGGCCUGUUGAUCAAGGACGUUGUGGGCUAUAACUCUUUGGGUCAUUGCUUCUUCACGGAAGAUGGGCCAGAGGAACGCAACACCUUUGACCACUGUCUUGGUCUACUUGUCAAGUCUGGAACACUCCUGCCCUCCGACCGCGACAGCAAGAUGUGCAAGACGAUCACAGAAGACUCCUAUCCAGGAUACAUCCCUAAGCCCCGGCAGGACUGCAAUGCUGUGUCCACCUUCUGGAUGGCCAAUCCCAACAACAACCUCAUCAACUGUGCUGCUGCAGGAUCUGAGGAAACAGGAUUUUGGUUCAUUUUCCACCAUGUACCGACGGGCCCCUCAGUGGGAAUGUACUCCCCAGGUUAUUCAGAGCACAUUCCACUGGGAAAAUUCCAUAACAACCGAGCACAUUCCAACUACCGGGCUGGCAUGAUCAUAGACAACGGCGUCAAAACCACUGAGGCCUCUGCCAAGGACAAGCGGCCCUUCCUCUCCAUCAUCUCUGCCAGAUACAGCCCUCACAAGGAUGCUGACCCACUGAAGCCCAGGGAGCCGGCCAUCAUCAAGCACUUCAUUGCCUACAAGAACCAGGACCAUGGGGCCUGGCUGCGGGGCGGGGACGUGUGGUUGGACAGCUGCCGGUUUGCUGACAAUGGCAUUGGCCUGACUCUGGCCAGUGGUGGAACCUUCCCAUAUGAUGAUGGCUCCAAACAGGAGAUAAAGAACAGCUUGUUUGUUGGGGAAAGCGGCAACGUGGGAACAGAGAUGAUGGACAACAGGAUCUGGGGCCCGGGUGGCUUGGACCACAGUGGAAGGACUCUCCCUAUAGGCCAGAAUUUUCCAAUCCGAGGAAUUCAGUUCUACGAUGGCCCCAUCAACAUCCAGAACUGCACUUUCCGGAAGUUUGUGGCCUUGGAGGGUCGGCACACCAGCGCUCUGGCCUUCCGCCUGAAUAACGCCUGGCAGAGUUGCCCCCAUAACAACGUGACCAAUAUUGCCUUUGAGGAUGUCCCGAUUACUUCCAGAGUGUUCUUUGGAGAGCCUGGGCCCUGGUUCAACCAGCUGGACAUGGAUGGGGAUAAGACGUCCGUGUUCCACGAUGUCGAUGGCUCCGUGUCGGAAUACCCUGGCUCUUACCUCACUAAGCAUGACAACUGGCUGGUGCGGCACCCAGACUGCAUCAAUGUGCCUGACUGGAGAGGGGCCGUCUGCAGUGGCCGCUACGCACAGAUGUACAUUCAGGCCUACAAGACGAGUAAUCUGAGGAUGAAGAUCAUCAAGAACGACUUUCCCAGUCACCCCCUCUUCCUAGAGGGGGCCCUCACCAGAAGCACCCACUACCAGCAGUACCAGCCGGUUAUCACUCUGCAGAAGGGCUACACCAUCCACUGGGACCAGACGGCCCCCGCUGAGCUCACCAUCUGGCUCAUCAACUUCAACAAGGGCGACUGGAUCCGAGUGAUGCUCUGCUACCCCCCAGGCACCACCUUUUCCAUCCUCUCCGAUGUCCACAAUCGCCUGCUGAAGCAAACGUCCAAGACGGGCACUUUUAUAAGGACCUUGCAGAUGGAAAAAGUGGAGCAGAGCUAUCCUGGCAGGAGCCACUACUACUGGGACGAGGACUCAGGGCUGUUGAUCCUGAAGCUGAAAGCGCAGAACGAGAGAGAGAAGUUUGCCUUCUGCUCUGUGAAAGGCUGUGAGAGAAUAAGGAUUAAAGCCCUGAUCCCAAAGCAUGCAGGCGUCAGUGACUGCACGGCCACAGCUUACCCCAAGUACACCGAGAGGGCUGUUGUGGACGUGCCAAUGCCCAAGAAGCUCUUUGGUUCUCAGCUGAAGACACAGGACCACUUCUUAGAAGUGAAGAUGGAAAGCUCCAAACAGCCCUUCUUCCACCUCUGGAAUGACUUUGGUUACAUUGAGGUGGAUGGGAAGAAGUACCCCAGCUUGGAAGAUGGCAUCCAGGUGGUGGUGGUUGAUGGGAGUCAAGGGCACGUGGUGAGCCACAUGAGCUUCCGGAACUCCAUUCUACAGGGCAUACCAUGGCAGCUCCUCAAUUACGUGGCAUCUCUCCCUGACAAUUCCAUAGUUCUCAUGGCAUCCAAGGGCAGAUACAUCUCCAGAGGCCCAUGGACCAGAGUGCUGGAAAAGCUGGGAGCAGACAAGGGUCUCAAAUUGAAAGAGAAAAUGGCAUUCGUUGGCUUCAAAGGCAGCUUCCGGCCCACCUGGGUGACUCUGGACACCGAGGACCACAAGGCCAAAAUCUUCCAAGUGGUGCCCAUCCCUGUGGUGAAGAAGAAGAAGCUGUGAGGACGGCUGCUGCCCCCCAUGCCGCCCUUUGGUGGACUCUAUCACUGCAGACUCUUCGCAGCAGACCAGGGCAGGGUGGCUGGGAACCCAGCCCCCAUCCAGCAGCUGCUUGGGAAGGCUGUGUGUCAGCCGUGAUGCGCCAAGGGCUGAAAUCAGAGACCCCUGGUGCUGCCCACCUGCCCCUACUCAAGUGUCUGCCUGUAGCUCUGGGGCAGCGUCGGCCAGUGCUGAAGCCUGCUCUUUCCUGCAGCCUCUCGGGUGCUUCUUUCCUGUCUGUGCCUCUUCAGUGGGGGAUAUGGGGACCAUUCGAGGAGAACUGGACUGUGCUGGCAGCAAAGGGCCACCACUCUGAAGGAGUCCUGACCCUGCUAGGGGCUCGGUCUUUCUGCUUCACAGGUCCCCAUGUUCUCCAGUGAGCACAUUGGGGUGGUAGAUGUGGGAAAGCCAGCCCUGGCCUUAAGGAGGCUGUUCUUCCUGUAAGCGAGAACCCACCUCCACGGGCUUCGGAGCUGGUGUGUAAAUAGAGCUCUCCGAGAUGGAAUUGGCUCCCUUUGGAGAAGGGAUGACCCUUGCCCCUGGAGGUGCUCGACCUUUCAGGAGACUUCAGGUAGCAGGUUGGGAGUUGGACUAGGUGACUUUUAAAGGCCUUUUCCGUGCUUAGAUUCCAGAAGUCUGUGGUUUUUCAGAUUGUACCUUGGGUGCAGCGGUAGGUGAGAACAUUCUUUUUAGCACCAUACAUGAUGCUGGGGUACAAAGCGAUUCCUAGGGCAAGGAGCUCCCAGUCUUGAGGGGCAGGUGGUGAAGUACACAUGCCUGAUGCCAGAUGGAAAUCUAAGUGCAAGGUGAGAUGGAGCUCAGUGCAAGUCAGAGGACAGAAAGAUCUUAUACACUGAGUGGACCAGAUAGGCUUCCAUGGGAGGAGGCAGCAGUGCUUGUGGGGGGGCAUUUGGGUUGCUGAGUUGAGGCGUCCUCUGUAGUGCUUCAGAGGUCUGUUCCUGCCACUGCUUGCCGGAGCUGUGUGACUUCUGAGUCACCCUGUGCCCACCCUGUUAUGGAGAAGCGUGAGUCAGAAGUGAGGAAUGGGCUGGGCUUAUUAUGCCCAGAGCGCUAGGAAUUCAAUCCCUGGCCCCACCUCUGACUCCAGGAGAGGGUGAGGUGCCCCAGAGGCUCAUACAUUGGCACCUCAUUUGCUCCUCAUCUCGGGAACUGAGCAGCAAAGCACUCUGGGAAACAGGAGGUUGUGUUCUCACUUCCAUGAUCCUGAGAGGUCAGAGCUAGAGCUGGAAGGGACCUUAGAAAACAUCUAGUCCAAACCCUCCCUUUUACAGAUGGGGGAAAAAAAGAGACCCUGAAAUGGGAAAGAACCACACAGCCAAGGCAGGGCCAGGAUGGGAACCCCACUCCCAGCACUUCCUGCCACACCGCACUGCCUCAAUAACAGCCCGGAAGUAUCCCGGGCUCACCUGAAAUAACUUCCAGCUUUGGGGACAAGUCCCCUUUAAGGGAAAUGAGAUGAUCAGAAUAUAAUUAGCCAGUAACGAUUUCUCUCCUGCCCCUCUGUGCACACAAACCCGCACCUCCCACUGGUUUGGGUGGCUUCUGCAGCCUCCACUGUGUUUAUUCUACCUGAAUUCCCACGCUGGGGCAGCCCAGCAGCUGCGAUUUAUUCCACUGGUGCUACCUGUCCGCAGUUCUGCAGGCAUGGCCCGGCAGACAGUAUCAGGGCAUGCUGAAAUGUCUUUGGUAAACCAACUCAGCUCAUCUUCUGGGUCUGAAGAGCUGUUGGGGCCACGCCAAGCCCUCUCAGCUACUGUUUAAUACCCUGUUCUCUCUUCUGCCUACCAUGGAGAGAGCUAAGAGAGCUCCUGGAAGAGGUAAAACUCUACCUGUGGUUUUUACUCUCUCAUGAGGUACCAGGGUCUUCCCAGGCCUCAUGCUGAACCAGACUUUUUCCCCUUUCCUGCCCAACCACAAACUCCUCCCUUUAAAGAGGGCUCUCUUGGCUCACCUCUGCCCAGUUGUACACCUGAGGCUCAGAGAGUCCCCACAUUGAGUCUACUGCCAUAGAGUUCUUUCCCCCCAGGAGGAGCUGACAAUGGGACUCAAUCUCUUAAGACACGGCAGCUUCUCAGACAGAAGUCACAGGAAGGACCUCUCCCAGGGAGACUGGUGACCACGGGAAGGGGAGUUGAAAUGACCUCAUAUUCUUUUUGUCCACAGUUUUGUGGAGUCUUCAAACUCUUUUAAUGCAAGGUUCUCACACUGUGAACCACUUAGGGGGUGAUCACUUUCAGGUGGCCAGGAAUUUUGAAUGUCUUUGGUUCAGUCCAUUUCAUAAAUAUCUAUUUGGAAAUUCUCAGAGUUGUAUAUAUGUUUAACCGUGUACGAUCUGUACAUAAAACUUCCUUUCCUCAAUCAUUCACCAAGAGCCAGCGACUAGGCAUUUUCUUGGUAGCACAAUUUGUCUUAUUGCUUAAAACAUUCUUGCUAUUCAGUCUUUCUGUUUGUAGGCAUUAAAGUGAGUUAGGUUUUUAAGAAAAACAACACUCCACUGAAAUGUGUCUUUUUCCUGUUGCCGAAAUAGCUGGUCCUUUUUCGGGAGUUAGAUGUCUAGUAUGUUUUGUUUGUAAACAUUUCUUAUAGGCAUCACCAUGAACAAAGAUCUAUUUUCUAUUUAUUUAUUAUAUAUGCACUUCUAGGAGUCAUUGUCAGAGAAAUGAAGAAUUGUCUUAAAUGUCAUGUUUGGGAAUGUUCUGUGGACCCUUUAAAAAUGAUGCACCCAGAGCCUUCUGCUUGCAGCAGAGGUCAUCAGCUCUGGUUUAGAAAACCUUGCUAUACCAUAGUAAACUGCAAAGGAUACCAUCA